AUGGAGGCGUACAAGACAGAACCUUCGUCACGGCGACUGCUGCACUGGACGUUCGUGCCCUAUUUGGCGUCAGAGCCACCAACUUUGUCGAGUCCGACAACGCGAAGAAUAUCCACUAUGGCCUCCGCUUCAACCUUCCGUUUGCAGCUGUGUACCUCAGGGUGGCAGAGGUCAUGCAAACGUCGGCCACUCGACGACGCGAGGUUGAGCGUGAGUCGUCCUACCUGGAACUUUCAACGCUUACCAAGUUCGCGCACGAUAACUACGAGAAGUCGCUCGAGAUGGCUCAAGCGUACACGAUCUAGGAGUCAACAAGGUCAAUUUUGUUUGUGUACUGCGAGUCCCACCUUGAAGCCAAGCGCGAGGUCUAUGGCGAGAAACUAA